AUGGUGUUUCAUAUGGGCAGCGGGCUAGAGGGUGAGAAGGGGGUACACUCCGGACUCAAGGAAUUAGGCGUGAAGGUCACACAAAAGCGUGUCCGAGAUGCUCUCAAGGUCUUUUACAAUCGACCCGGCAAGGAGCGACGAGCAAUCAUCAGGAGAGUUUAUCACGUUCCCUUCAUCAACUCACUCUGGCACAUCGAUGGCCACCACAAACUGGGUCCUUGGGGAAUAGUCAUUCAUGGUGCUAUCGACGGUUUCUCUCGGAGGAUCAUGUAUAUCUUUGUCGCAGAUAACAAUCGCGCAUCAACCGUUCUAUCUGCUUUUCUUCGAGCCACUGAGAAAUACGGAUGGCCUAGCAGAGUUCGAGCAGAUCUUGGCAAGGAGAAUUGGGAAGUAAAAGCACAGAUGGAGAAAGUCAGAGGACUCAAUCGAGGCUCGUUCAUUCAAGGUCCAUCUACCCAUAAUCAACGAAUAGAGCGAUUAUGGGUAGACGUUCAACAGUGGUCCACCGCUCGUUACCGCCAACAGUUCAUAUACUAUGAAGAACAAGGGUAUCUCUGCAGAGAUGACCCCCUUGAAAUGUGGGCUCUCCACUUUGUCUAUAUACCCACUCUCAGAAAGGCUCUAGAGUUCUUCGUUGAAAGGUGGAACAAUCAUGGUAUUUCGACUGAGAAAAACAGUACGCCUGUACAACUCUGGCACAGGAACCAUUACGAUGAUCCUGACGCUGCCAAGAGAUUCGAAGACUAUGGCGUUGAUCAUUUUAAAGGGAGAUCUGGUCACCAACUCAACGAUAACGACCCACAUAAGAAAACACCUGCGAUCCUUAGCUCUUUGCCUGAAGAUGUCAGAGCAAUGCUUGAAAGCCUCGAAUUCCGACAGCGGAUUGAGGAGGUAGCAGGAGGUGACAGGUGGACUUGGCCUCCCCCAGCUGAUUUUGGUUUGGAAAGGUAUCUUACUGUUGUACAAGAAGUCAACCGAAUUGUACGUCAGGAGUUCCCAGCUUUGUAUUCGUGA